AUUUUGCAAAUUACCUGAUAUUCAAAACUGUCCUACAGAAAAAAAGUACCUGAGGAAAUGAGGAAAUUAGCUAACGAAAUGGUCAAAUGGAUUUCAGUUGUGGUAGUGGACGUGGAAUUCUGGAAUGUAUCUACCCUUAUAGAUUUCUCUUUUUAAUACAUCACGGCAAUAUUCCCAAACAUUAAAUAUUUUGCAGGUCUGCUUUGUUUUUGGAACCACCAAAGGGUAAUUUUUUAGAUCAUGUUUUUCACUAGUUUUGGAAAAGAGGACUGACUGCAUUACGUUUGUUAUAACACCAGUUCAAUAAUUUAUUUGCAGAAGGUCAUGCAUUUGGUUACCCUAUUUGCUACUAAUGUACAGCUCAGCAGGAAAGUAUCCGACGUAACCCCUCUAGCCCACCCCUUCUGGAACAAAGGUACUGUUCUGAAAGCUGUUUUUUUUAAACAUCCUAUAGCUGCAGCUGCGUCCCCCAAUAACCACUGCUGUGUUACUCUUACUACCAUAUUCUUCAGUUUUAUGUGAAGUGUAAUGGGUUUCCUAAGAACCUCACUCCGGUAGUCCUUGGGUUCCAAACGCCUGAAUCGUGUUGCAGGAUACAGUAAUGAAUCCAGCAAUUAUUUGCUCUGACAGUCCCACAGCAGCGCUCGCUGUUUCUAGUUAAUAGCACUCGACAGCUCUUUGUGGAGAGACAGAAAUGUGAAGUGAAGCGGCCGGAAGCCUUGCGGAAGCAAAUGUACGAGUAAGACACAAGCAUCCCUGUCUCCACGCUUUCCCUUAUUUCGUAUUUUGAGCAUUCCACGAAACAUUUGCAGUUGAGACGCAUCAGCACUUUGGACAGCUCCCGCUAUAGUUCAGCUUACUGAGUCAUUGCAGAGCUGAUGAGCAGCGGUGCAUCUUUAGUUUGGUAGGGACUUAACCGCACCGAUGGCAUCUCAAGGCUUCUGGUCCUUCGGGGCUGAAAAUGAAUCAGACAACACUGACUAUUCAGGCACAGCAAAAGCUUGGUGUCAAGUUGCUCAGAAGUUCACAGGAGGACUUGGAUCGAAACUGUGCGCUUUUCUUUAUGGAGAUGCGGAAAAAGCACCCGAUAAUGCUACUACCACGGACAGCAAUGUAGCAGUUGGUCCCAGCCUAACCUGCACCUGUAACCAAAAGCCCUGCGAAUGCAAUAAAGGGAAUGUGAAUUUUUCGUCCUUGCUUUCAUCAGAUCUCCUCCCAGCACGUAACAGUGAGCUGACUACAUUAGCUUUUCUUCAAGAAGUUGUGGAUAUCCUUCUACAAUACGUAGUAGAAACAUUUGACAGGUCAACAAAAGUAAUUGAUUUUCAUUAUCCAAACGAAUUAGUUCAGGAAUAUAACUGGGAACUUUCAGAUCAGCCACAGACUUUGCAGGAUGUGUUGCUAAACUGCCGGAUGGCGCUGAAGUAUGCAAUAAAAACAGGUCACCCCCGCUAUUUCAACCAGCUUUCUACUGGAUUAGACAUGGUUGGUUUAGCUGCUGACUGGCUGACAUCUACAGCAAAUACAAAUAUGUUCACAUAUGAAAUAGCCCCAGUAUUUGUACUUCUAGAGUUUGUAACGUUGAAGAAAAUGAGAGAAAUAAUUGGAUGGCCCGGGGGAUGUGGAGAUGGAAUAUUCUGUCCAGGUGGUGCCAUUUCGAAUCUAUAUGCCAUGUUAAAUGCAAGAUUCAAGAUGUUCCCAGAAGUUAAAGAGAAAGGAAUGUCUGCCCUGCCUCGGCUGGUUGCAUUCACAUCAGAACAUAGUCACUUUUCUGUAAAAAAGGGGGCUGCAGCUUUAGGCAUUGGCACAGACAGUGUGAUUCUGAUCAAGUGUGAUGACAGAGGGAAGAUCAUACCAUCAGACCUUGAGAGAAGAAUACUGGAAGCCAAACAAAAAGGAUUAGUGCCCUUUUUUGUGAGUGCCACAGCUGGAACCACAGUUUAUGGAGCAUUCGAUCCUCUAAUCGCUAUUUCAGAGAUCUGCAAAAAGUACAAGAUCUGGAUGCAUGUAGACGCUGCUUGGGGAGGUGGUCUGUUAAUGUCCAGGAAGCACAGAUGGAAGCUAAAUGGAAUUGAAAGAGCCAAUUCUGUCACUUGGAAUCCACAUAAGAUGAUGGGAGUACCACUGCAAUGUUCGGCCUUGCUUGUCAGAGAAGAGGGAUUGAUGCAGAACUGCAAUCAAAUGCAAGCUUGUUACCUCUUCCAGCAAGAUAAACAUUAUGAUAUGUCAUAUGAUACUGGAGACAAGGCCUUACAAUGUGGACGGCAUGUUGAUGUUUUCAAACUAUGGCUGAUGUGGAGAGCAAAGGGUACAACUGGGUUUGAGGCUCAAGUUGAUAAGUGCCUAGACCUUUCAGAGUAUUUUUAUGAGAGCAUAAAGAACAGAGACGGAUUUGAGAUGGUGAUGGAUGGAAAGCCACAGCAUACAAAUGUGUGUUUUUGGUACGUCCCACCAAGUAUACGCCACAUGGAAGAUAAAGAAGAAAGAAUGAGGUGCCUAAUGAAGGUUCAGCAAUGCCCAGGGCAGCCCAGCCACAACCCUCCAGCACUUGUCGUUAAUACACUGAUGAUGGAAAUUGAGUCAUUUAAUCCUGGAAGCAGUGUUGCAUUAAGUUUCACAUGA